CAGCGCUAAAAAGUGACAUUUGCAGGCACUGUUUUCAUCUGGCGUAGAAGAAAACGGCCCCGAAUAAAAUUGGAAUUUAAGCUCAUUCUCCACCUGCUCGAGUUGGUCCAGUGCGCCGGUACAAUAUGGCCGCGAUAGUGCUAACCCGCAACAUGCAGUUGGCCAAACACCAUGGCAGUGGUGUGGUUGGCGUUUUGUGCCUGCGAGGAUACUCUGCCGCCGCCGCUCCUCCCGAGGAUGGCCCCCGCCCACUGAAGACUACCAAUCCGGCAGCGAUGAAGCGCGGAACUGGAGGACGUAGCAGUUUCAACGGAAUCGUGGCUACCGUCUUUGGUGCCACUGGAUUCGUGGGACGCUAUGUGUGCAACAAACUGGGCAAGUCCGGCACCCAGAUGAUUCUGCCAUACCGCGGCGACGAUUCGGACGUCAUCCGCCUAAAGGUCACCGGUGACCUGGGCCAGGUUCUGUUUCACUUCUACAACUUGGAGGAUGUCUCCUCUAUCCGCGAGGCUGUGAAGCACUCGAAUGUGGUCAUCAACUUGGUGGGUCGCGACUUCGAGACCAAGAACUUCAAGUUCAGGGAUGUGCAUGUUAACGGAGCUGAGAGGAUCGCCAGAAUUUCCCGCGAAGCUGGAGUAGAUCGUUUCAUCCACCUGUCUUCUCUCAAUGUGGAAGCCAAUCCCAAGGAUCUGUACGUUAAGGGCGGCAGCGAAUGGCUGAAGAGCAAGUACGAGGGUGAGCUGCGUGUUCGUGAUGCUUUCCCCAAUGCCACCAUCAUUCGCCCAGCCGAUAUCUACGGCUCUGAGGAUCGGUUCUUGCGCUACUACUUUGAUUUUGAAAUUGUAUUUAAUAAGAGUUUCCUAUGCGGAUCCCUGGCCUGUUUUUCGUACUCCCCUCCAAGCCCCUAUUUUUUAGAGCAUUUUUGA